UGUACACUAAAAUUGUGUAUGCGUGUUGUCAACUAGUAUGCGCCUUUGAAAUGUAUGGACGGAGUCGUUCAUUAGGACUGUUCAACAAAUUGUUGUCCGUUGAAGCAGUUGGAGUGGGCGUGAACGCGCAUCUGCUACAUGACCGGAAGUUACUGCUCAAGUACGCAAGGAAAGUACAAAUGGCUGCAGAGGACGACGAAAUUUGUAGAGAACUAUUGACAUCUCCAAGAGCUCAAGUGUUACUUUUCCACCAUCAAAAGCCUCUUUUGCAAAAUAAUCUGACGUCAUUGAUGGACAUUAGUUGGCAGAAUUUAUUUUCUAUUUUGGAAGAUGAUGAUUUACGUCACUCGUGGAAGAACAUAUCCAACAGUUGCGUAUUUCUAGGAUACGAUAGCAAUGAUCAGCCCCAAUUCGCAUCCGAGAUGACUUGCAGCCAGUCUCAAGAUCAAAAGUCGAGAAUCGAACUAAAAGAAGAAAAGGAAAGAUAUGGAAAGAAAUUUGAUGGAAUUUUUGUUGAUCUCAGAACUGCUGGUUUGAGGACUUCAACAGGAACACUGAAGCAACUGAAACAGGCAUAUUCAUUGUUGCAGUGGAAUAGUAGUCAUCGUUAUUCUGCAAGGAGUGGACAUGAGGUGAAACGGAAAUUGUCUGGUCAUUCGAAAUUCUGCAGUCAAACCAAUGAAACGGCAUAUCCGAAUAUCUCUUCUGUUGCCAUCACAUUGGUAACUCAUGAAGAUCAUUGCCUUCUUGCUCGUCACACUCAAUUUCCACCCGGCAUGUACAGUGCUCUAGCAGGUUUUACUGCAUUCGGAGAAUCUGCAGAAGACACUGUGGAAAGAGAAGUUGCAGAAGAAGUCAAUCUCUCAGUCACAAACAUAAAGUACAUCUCCAGUCAGCCGUGGCCGUUCCCUUCGCCCUCGUUAAUGCUUGGCUUUCAUGCGACUCUCAACACACAAAUCUCGCCUUUUAGACAUUCAAUCGACGUUGAUCAUAACGAACUGGAAGACGCACGAUGGUACAAACGACAAGACAUACAGAGCGCAAUUCUGACUUGGUCAGCAAAGUCACAGCUAAAAUCAGAUUUCAUUGUGCCACCACCGUUUACCAUCGCACAUCAAUUAAUGAAGCACUGGGUGAACCAGCAACCGACAUGAUCACUGAACCACAUGCAUGCACAUGUGUGGUCUUUCUUUUCACUAAUCCUCAGUUGAAUGACGACUAAUUGUAAUUUAUGUUUAAUUGAAGUGUCUGGUGAUGUAUUUUGGUAUGUGAAAUGAUGGGGCUAAGUAACUCACGAGGUAUAGAGUUUCUGUGGGGAGCCAAAUUUUAUGGUGCCAUGCCAGGCCAUGGCCUAACCACUUUUCACGAAGUGUACUUUCACCAGUCGACUAUUUGACGCCUACUUC